GUCGGUCCGCCGCUGCUGACGUCCCCCGGGUCCGCGCCGCUGUCGCGUCAGUCGUCGGUGUAACGACUCCUGAUCUGACGAGCAGCCUCGCCGCCGACCAGCAGCCGCCGGCCGCUGUGAGCAGCCGCCCGGACGUCCGCCUGGCCGCCCGACACCCGCCGCCACAACGCUGCUUUCACCAGCCGGCAGACCGCAUAGGAGCCGACGGAGCGUGUAGCGUUUAGUUUGCAUAAGGUCAUCUGGGUCGGGAAAGGGGCCGGAUUCAGACGCGGUGUGUGAGCGGGUUCGUGUGAUCCGGCUCGUCGGUCGGUUCGGCCACGUUAACAAGGAUGCUGCCGGUCGUUUGGGUGGGGCUGACACGGAUGACGGUACGCAGGAACAGAACCGGGCCAUAAGCAGACCACGGAACACUACAAGGACACACGUACACACGGUUGCAAUCGUAUUAAAAGAAGCCAUGACCAAGGCCGAGUCUAAGAAAGGCGGCGUGGUCACCGGUGCCGGUAAGGGCGCCGUGGAGGAGCAGAUCAAUAACGGGUCGGUCGACCCGGUCGGGUACGCUGGUUUUCAGGAUCACGGAACGCCGACAAAACCCAAGGCCACGAAACAGACGUCCAGAGAGAACCUGUCCCGGAAAAACAUGGAAUGCGAGGUGUACGACGACGGGACCAACACUUUUUUCUGGCGAGCUCACACGUUGACGGUGCUGUUCAGCUUGACCUGUGCGUUGGUCUACGUCACGUUGCUGGAGGAGACGCCGCACGACACGACGUACAACACCAAGAGAGGCAUUGUGGCCAGCAUCCUCGUGUUCCUCUGCUUUGGAGUGACCCAGGCUAAAGAUGGCCCCUUCACACGACCCCACCCUGCCUACUGGCGGUUCUGGCUGUGUGUCACUGUGGUCUAUGAGCUCUUCCUCAUCUUCAUCCUCUUCCAGACGGUGCAUGAUGGGAGGCAAUUCAUGAAGUACAUCGACCCCAAGCUGGGCGUUCCCCUGCCCGAACGCGACUACGGGGGCAACUGCCUGAUGUACGACCCGGGCAAUGCCACCGACCCUUUCCACAACAUCUGGGACAAGAUGGACGGCUUUGUUCCCGCCCACUUCCUGGGUUGGUACAUCAAGACGCUGAUGAUCCGUGAUUGGUGGAUGUGUAUGAUCAUCAGUGUUAUGUUUGAGUUUCUGGAGUACAGUCUGGAGCACCAGCUGCCAAACUUCUCCGAGUGUUGGUGGGACCACUGGAUCAUGGACGUGUUGGUGUGUAAUGGUCUGGGGAUCUAUUGUGGGAUGAAGACCCUCGGGUGGCUCUCCAUGAAACCUUACCAGUGGCAGGGUCUCUGGAACAUUCCUACAUACAAGGGGAAGAUCAAGCGUAUUGCGUUCCAGUUCACGCCGUACAGCUGGGUGAAGUUUGAGUGGAAGCCCGCCUCCAACCUCCGGCGCUGGCUGGCCGUGCUGGGCAUCAUCUUCAUGUUCCUCCUGGCGGAGCUGAACACGUUUUACCUGAAGUUUGUGCUGUGGAUGCCUCCAGAACACUACCUGGUUCUACUCCGACUCGUUUUCUUCGUCAACGUGGGUGGCGUGGCCAUGAGGGAGAUCUACGACUUCAUGGAUGACCCGAAGUUCCACAAGAAGCUGGGCCAGCAGGCGUGGUUGGUUGCAGCCAUCACAGUGACAGAGUUCCUUAUCGUGGUCAAGUAUGACCCAAACACCAUCCUGCUGCCUAUUCCCUUCUUCAUCAUACAGUGCUGGAUCCUGGGGAUCCUCCUCAUCCUCACCUGGACCCUGUGGCGAUUCUUUAUCCGUGACAUCACACUCCGCUACAAAGAGACCCGCCGCCGCAAACAGGAAGUCCCCGGCGACCGGGACCGCCCCCUCGGCAACGGCAACACGGUGACCCCCAGCGGGCGCAGCAAACUCAACGGCAGCUCCGAGCUGCUGCGACAGAGGAAGUCCUGAGUGACCAAAAGGCGGGGUGGGGGUGGGGUGGGGGGGCGGAGCUUAGUGAGUCGAACUGUCAGCGGUGAUUG